AUGAUCGAUUAUCGAACAUAUCCACGUAUAAGUGGUUCGCUUCGGGCACAUUCCGAUAUUGCUGAACGUUUACAUUAUCGUGGUGAUAUUGAUGAAUUACAACGACGUCGACAAUUAACAUCCAAUAAAGAUACAAUAAAAACUUUAACAUGGACUGAACUUCAACAAUUAAUUCUUAAACAUACUUCUAAUCCACCAACGACCGAUUCACAAAUAAAACAAUUACGAAAAUAUGCUAUUGAAUUUGCUGGUUCAGAAUUAGAUUCAUCAUCGAUUGAUUCUGUAUGUGUGUAUAUUUUUGAUUUAUUUCGUAAUAUUAAUCAAAUACAAGUGUCACAUUUAAAAGAAUUAAAAUUAAGAUUUCCAACUUAUACUGAACAAUUAGUAACACAAACAUUUGAAUUAAUACGUGCAUUACAAAACUCUCUUAAACCAGAUUUUUUCGAAGAAUAUUCAAUACCGAAUGACUCGAAAUCAUUAUCGAAAGGUUUAUUUGGUGAAACAACUGUCUUUCAUCCUAUUUCAUUGCAAAUUAAUGAACCAAUACCAUGGUUAGAUCGUUUAUCUUAUGAUCAUGCUUAUGAAGAACAAGAAAGAAUCAAUCUUGAAGAUAGCGCAAAUGAUGAUUUUUUACCAGCAACUGCUCCGAUGGCAUCAGCUUCAUCAUCUAUUUAUACAAAGAAAUGGCUUGAAGAUCGUUUACGUAGUGUUUUACAAUCUCGUACUGAUACCGGUGAUUUAGGUCAACAAGAAUUUUGUAAUUUAGUUUUUGAAAAUCUCGUUUCAAAUCAAACUGAUAAUGAAAUUCAACUUUCGCUAUGUGAUAUUAUUGGUUAUGAUCAUUUAGAAUUAAUUGGUGAAUUAAUUCAAAAUCGUCAAAUGAUUAUAGAUGGAAUUUUAAAUAGUGCAAAAGCUCGUCCACGUGAAAUUGUUCGUGCACCAGAAUUAAUUCAACGUCAAACACAACCAGUUCAUGGUCCAACAAUAGUUGUACGAAGUAAACUAGAAGCUGAUUUAGAAAAACAACAAAGAAAAGCAGAGCGACGAGAACAACAACGACAACAAGGAGCACAACAAUCUGAUGAUAAUUUAGAUGAAUAUUUAAAUCCAGAAAUGUUAAAAUAUGAACGUGAACGACAAUUACUUACUGCAGUUGCGAAACGUUAUGAAAAAUUUGCAAAUCCAUCUCAACCACGUUCAUCUCAAGCAAAUAAAAAAUACCCAUUUGUAUUUGAUCAAUUACAAGAAAUUAAACAAAAAACAGCUUAUAUUGGUGGCGUAAAUCUUCUUUUACCAGAAAAUAUUGAACGAAAAUUAACACCAACAUAUGAUCUUGUUCAUAUUCCACAUGGUGAACAAAUUAAAUUAGCUAGUUUAGGCAAACAUAUUUGUCCGCAAUUGAUACGUUUUGAAGAUUUAGAACCAUUAGGACAAAUUCUAUUUAAAGAUGGUAUUAAAACACUUAAUUUAGUUCAAUCAGUUGUAUACAAAACAGCAGCUUUUUCAAAUGAAAAUAUUCUUAUUUCAGCUCCGACUGGUGCUGGUAAAACCAAUAUUGCUAUGUUAACAAUUCUUAAUGAAUUACGUCGUCAUUAUGAUUCAACGAAUGGUGUUUUAUUGAAUACAGAUUUUAAAAUAAUUUAUGUUGCACCUAUGAAAGCACUUGCAUCUGAAAUGGUACAAAAUUUUUCUGGUCGUCUUUCUUCUCUUGGUCUUCAAGUUAAAGAAUUAACUGGUGAUAUGCAAUUAACUAAAGCAGAAAUUGAACGAACACAUAUGAUUAUAACAACACCAGAAAAAUGGGAUGUUGUUACACGUAAAUCAAUAGGUGAUACAAAAUUUGUUCAAAGUGUUCGAUUAUUAAUUAUUGAUGAAAUACAUCUUUUACAUGAAGAUCGUGGUCCAGUUAUAGAAGCACUUGUAGCACGUACACUUCGACAAGUUGAACAAACUCAAGAACUUAUUCGUAUUGUUGGUUUAUCAGCAACAUUACCUAAUUAUACAGAUAUAGCUCAAUUUCUUCAUGUUAAUUUAAUGACUGGUUUAUUCUUUUUUGAUGGUCGUUUUCGUCCUGUACCAUUAGCACAAACAUUUAUUGGUAUUAAAGGAAAUAAUAAAAUGGAAGCAACAAAAAAUCUUGAUGAAGUUUGUUAUGAUAGAGUAUUAGAACAAAUUAAAGUCGGACGACAACAGGUUCUUGUUUUUGUUCAUGCUCGAAAUGCUACAGUUCGUACAGGACUUCAAUUACUUGAAUAUGCACGUAAUCGUGGUGAUUUAGAACAUUUUCUAUGGAAAGACAAAGAGGAUGAUGAACCAAAACAACGUCUACAAUAUCAAGAUGCAUGUAAACAUGUAUCUCAUUCGAAAAAUAUUCAAUUACGUGAUCUAUUUCCUAAUGGUAUUGGUAUUCAUCAUGCAGGAAUGUUACGACAAGAUCGAAAUAUGGUCGAGAAAUAUUUUUCCAAAGGUUUUAUUAAAGUACUUAUUUGUACGGCAACACUUGCUUGGGGUGUCAAUUUACCAGCACACGCUGUUGUUAUUAAAGGUACUGAAUUAUAUGAUAGUAAAAAAGGAUCAUUUGUUGAUUUAAGUAUUCUUGAUGUAUUGCAAAUAUUUGGUCGUGCUGGUCGUCCACAAUUUGAUACAAAUGGUCAUGGUAUUAUAUUAACAACACAUGAUAAACUUCAACAUUAUUUAGCUUUAUUAACACGACAAAAUCCAAUUGAAUCACAAUUUAUUAGUCAUUUAACUGAUAAUCUCAAUGCAGAAAUUGUUCUUGGAACAGUAUCAACUGUAACUGAAGCAUGUUCAUGGCUUCGUUAUACUUAUUUGAAUGUUCGUAUGGAUCAAUCACCAAUAACAUACGGUAUUAAUGCACAUAUGAAAGCAGCUGAUCCGAAUUUAAUGGGUUUUCGACGUGAUUUAAUUAUUAAAGCAGCUAGAGAACUUGAUAAAGCACAUAUGAUUCGUUUUGAAGAAAAAAAUGAAUAUCUAUUUGCAACAGAUCUUGGACGAACUGCUUCUCAUUAUUAUAUCAAUUAUGUAACAAUUGAAACAAUAAACGAACACUUAUUAAAUCGUUUUAUGAAUGAAGGCGAACUUAUUGGACUUGCAUCAUUAGCUGAUGAAUUUUCUCAACUUAAAAUUCGUGAUGAUGAAUUAGAUGAACUUGAUACAUUAUAUCAUAAUCAAUGUCAUUUACCUGUUAAAGGUGGUGCAGAAAAUGUUCAUGGAAAAGUUAAUAUUCUUAUUCAAGCAUAUGUAUCACGUGCACAAAUAAAUUCAUUUUCAUUAGUAUCUGAUAUGUCAUAUGUUAAUCAAAAUGUUGUCCGUUUAAUACGUGCAUUAUUUGAAAUUGUACUUAAACGUUCAUGGGCAACAUUAUCAUCACAUUUACUUCGUUUAGCUAAAACAGUUGAACAACGUAUAUGGGAUACAAUUAAUCCCUUAUGGCAAUUUUCACAAUAUAUUAGUAUGGAAAUUUUACAAAAAUUAGAUGCAAAACAAUUAACACCAGAUCGUCUAUUAGAUAUGGAUCCAAAAGAAAUUGGUAUUAUGAUACAUAAUGCACGUUUAGGUAAAGAAAUAAAAACUUUUGCAUCAUAUAUACCAAUAUUAAAAAUUGAUACACAAUUACAACCCAUAACACGAACAGUUUUACGAAUAAAAUUAAUAAUAACAGCUGCAUUCAAUUGGUCGGAUAGAAUUCAUGGUGCAAAUAGUCAAAAUUUUUGGAUAUGGAUUGAAGAUCCUGAUACAGAUAAUAUUUAUCAUUCAGAAUAUUUUAUAAUAACAAAAAAACAAGUUAAAACAGAAGAACCACAAACUAUUAUUUUUACUAUUCCAAUUAUUGAACCAUUAGCUAAUCAAUAUUAUGUACGAGCUAUUAGCGAUAAAUGGCUUGGAUCUGAUACAACAACUAUUAUUUCAUUUCAUAAUCUGAUACUACCAGAAAGACAUAUGCCACAUACAGAAUUACUUGAUUUGGAUCCAUUACCAAUCAGUGCAUUGGGUAAACCUGAAUAUGAAGCUCUAUUUAAAUUUAAACAUUUUAAUCCAAUUCAAACACAAAUAUUUCAUUGUUUAUAUCAUACAAAUAAUAAUACAUUACUUGGUUCACCAACAGGUUCAGGUAAAACAGUAGCAGCUGAAAUAGCUAUGUUUCGUGUUUUUAAUGAAUAUCCUGAUAUGAAAUGUGUUUAUAUUGCACCAUUAAAAGCACUUGUUCGUGAACGUAUUCAUGAUUGGAAAAUACGUUUUGAAGAACGUCUUGGUAAAAAAGUUAUUGAAUUAACAGGUGAUUUUACACCUGAUACACGUGCUAUACAAUCAGCUGAUGUUAUUGUUACAACACCGGAGAAAUGGGAUGGUAUGAGUCGUUCAUGGCAAACACGUUCUUAUGUUAAACAAGUUGCUCUAUUAGUUAUUGAUGAAAUUCAUAUGUUAGGUGAAGAUCGUGGUCCCGUACUUGAAGUUAUUGUUUCACGAGCAAAUUUUAUUUCAUCACAUACAGAACGACCACUUCGUAUUGUUGGUCUAUCAACAGCUGUAGCAAAUGCACGUGAUUUAGCUGAUUGGUUAGGUAUACAUGGUACAAUUGGUUUAUAUAAUUUUCGACCAAGUGUUCGACCUGUACCAUUAGAAGCACAUAUACAAGGUUAUCCAGGCAAACAUUAUUGUCCACGUUGUAUGUCAAUGAAUAAGCCAGCAUAUCAAGCUAUACGUACACAUUCACCAAAUAAGCCUGUUUUAAUAUUUGUUAGUAGUCGAAGACAAACACGUUUAACAGCCGAAGAAUUAACAAAAUAUUUAUUAAAUGAUGAUAAUCCAAGACAAUGGUUACAUAUGCCUGAACAUGAAAUAAAUAAUUUAUUAACACAAAUACAAGAUAAAAGUCUUCGAUUAACAUUAUCAUUUGGUAUUGGUAUACAUCAUGCUGGUUUAAAAGAUCGAGAUCGACAUAUUGUUGAAGAAUUAUUUGUUAAUCAAAGAAUUCAAAUAUUAGUUGCUACAUCAACAUUAGCAUGGGGUGUUAAUUUUCCUGCACAUUUAGUUAUUAUUAAAGGUACGGAAUAUUAUGAUGGAAAAACUCAUCGUUAUGUUGAUUUUCCUAUAACGGAUGUUUUACAAAUGAUGGGUCGUGCUGGUCGUCCUCAAUUUGAUGAUUCUGGCAAAGCAGUUAUUAUGGUGCAUGAUGUUAAGAAGAAUUUUUAUAAAAAAUUUCUCUAUGAACCAUUUCCAGUUGAAUCAAGUUUACUUAAUGUACUUUCUGAUCAUUUAAAUGCUGAAGUAGUUAGUGGAACAAUUUCAACAAAACAAGAAGCACUUGAUUAUUUAACUUGGACAUAUUUUUUUCGUCGUUUACUUGUUAAUCCAAGUUAUUAUCAUAUGGAACCAUUAUCAGAUAAUGCUGAUGAACAAACAACACUUAAUACAUAUUUAUCAGCUAUUGUACAACGUUCAUUAGAUGAAUUAAUACGUGCAACAUGUAUAGUUGUUAAUGAUAUUGAUCAACGUACAUUACAAGCAACUGUACCUGCACGAAUAGCAUCACAUUAUUAUAUAUCAUAUAAAACAAUAUAUAUGUUUUCACAAAAAUUAACAUCAACAAUAACAAUAGGAGAAUUAAUUGAUGUUAUUUCUUCUGCAUAUGAAUAUGCUGAAAUGCCGGUUCGUCAUAAUGAAGAUGAAUUACAUAAAACAAUGAUUGAACGUUUACGAAUACCAUGUCGAACUCAACCUCAAUUUGAUUCUCCACAUUUUAAAACUAAUUUAUUAAUACAAUAUCAUUUAAGUCGAUUAGAAUUUCCACGUGUAGAUUACAUAACAGAUUUAAAAUCUUGUCUCGAUCAAAUUAUUCGUAUUAUUCAAGCAUUAAUUGAUUUAUGUGCAGCGAAAGCACUUUUAGCACCAUGUAUACUUUGUAUACAUUUCUUACAAAUGAUAAUUCAAGCUCGAUGGAUAACUGAUCCAGAUACAUUAACGUUACCACAUAUAACUGAUCGAUCAUUAACACAAGUAUUUUCAUCUUAUUUAUGUCAAUUAAUUGAUAUUAAACGUGAAACAUUAACUAGUCUGCUUAAUGAACAUUUAUCAGCAACACAAAUUGAUGAUAUUUAUGAAUAUUUAACACGUUUACCACAAAUUGAAUUUAACUAUAAAAUACGUGGUUUUUGGUCAUCAAGUGAAGAAAUUCGACCAUUACCAACAAAUGUUCAUGCUGAUCAAGAAUAUACAUUACAAAUAACAUUAAAAAGACUUAAUCGAAUACGAAGAAAUGAUUUUCGUCAAUUAACAACAUCACCCGUUAAUAAACCAAAAGAUGAAUCUUGGAUAUUUAUACUUGGCAAUACUGAUACUGGAGAACUAAUAUGUAUGAAACGUGUUAAUCAAGCUAUACGUGCACAUACAACUGUUUCUAUAUCAUUUGUUACAUCAAAUAAAAUUGGAAGACAACGAUUAACACUUUAUUUUCUAUCGGAUGGUUAUUUAGGUCUUGAUCAACAGUAUGAUUUUAUUAUUGAUAUUGAACCAUCAUCAUUACAAACACAAAUAAAUACAGAAUUAGAUUCAUUAGCUGAUGAACUUGAUCAACGUCUUGCAGCUUUAGAGUGA